UUGAUCUACUACCGCCUCCGCUCCUGUAAAAUUCUCGUGGCCAAAGGAGGAAUCUGCAAACUAUCUGGAUUUGGUUUUGCUAGUGAGGUCACCGACAGAAAUGUCUAUGAAUCUGUGAGUAUGAAUAUAGCUAACUCCUUGCCAGUGCGCUGGGCUGCACCAGAAAGUCUGCAGUCCAAUGUCUACAACGUGAAGACUGACACCUGGUCGUAUGGUAUCGUAGCGUGGGAGAUCUUUCAUUUUGGGACCACUCCUUAUCCGACAAUGGGACCUCAUGAAGUGGUGGAAAGUGUGCAGAAUGGAUUUAGAAUGCCGAAGCCUCCACACUGCAGCUCAGAGUUGUUUGAGCUGCUACUGAGAUGCUGGCACACAAUCCCCGAAGAGCGCCCCUCAUACCAGGAGAUCCUUGAGGUCCUGUCCCAUCUGGUCGUCAACGCAGACAUACACAUAGACUUCUGCAGUUUACCUGACCACCUGCUUUCUCUAGACACCGGAGACACUGCCACUUUCUGA